CGCGACGUUGUUUGUUUACAUCAGCUGAGGAGACCACAAGGGCCGCCAGAAAUGGUGCUAUAAACAAGUCUCUACAACAUAUUCCCAUCAGUUUUUACCAAAAAUGUUAUCACAGACUUGGAGGCAUUUUAUUACUUCUUCCUUGAAUAAAGGUCUGCUUCAUAAUGGUGCUGUUGGUUCCCUUGGGUAUCAUGCCCGAGGGAAGAAGAGGAAGAUUUCCAAGCCUCUGGAUCCCCAUCAUGCAGAUGAACUUCCAGAAGUUGAAUAUGUUGGUACAAGGAGCCAGCCUGAUAAGCUAGUGUACACAUGGGGAGUGGCAAACCAUGGAGCACUGGGAAGGCCGUCCUUUAUUCGUCCAGACAAGCACAGACACCAGCAUCGCCUUCAGUUUAUGCAACAUCCACAUAGACUUGGAUUUGGAGAGUAUCACAAGGUCACAGAUUUAACAUGUGGUUAUGGAUUCACUGUUUUUGCAGUCAGUAAAACUCAAGAUGCUUCUUGCUAUGGAACAGGCCUUAAUACUGAUUCUCAAGUAG